CUUCGCUCUGAUGACGUCACUUCAUUGAUCUGUUCAUGAUGGCGCUUCGGCCCGGAGCAGGGGGAGGUGGCAGUUUUAUGUACCCAGUUGGUGGAGGCAUUGGACCACCUCAAGGAAUGAUGCCCAUGCAACAGCAACAACAGCAGGGCUUCCCCAUCGUCCAGGUGAUGCAGCCCAACAUGCAAGGCAUGAUGGGAAUGAAUUUUGGAGCACAGAUGCCUGGUGCCAUGCCUAUACAGGGUGGGAUGGCUAUGGGCAUGCAGACUCCCGGGAUGCAGUUCAUGGGUCAACCUCAGUUCAUGGGCAUGAGGGGCCCGGGGCCACAGAUCUCUGCGGAUCUACAGAAACAGAUGGCAGAGGAGCAUCAAAAACGGCUAGAGCAGCAGCAGCGGAUGGUAGAGGAGGACAGGAAGAGGAGACAGUUUGAAGAACAGAAACAAAAAUUGCGUCUCCUGAGCAGUGUCAAACCCAAGACUGGGGAGAAAAGCCGUGACGAUGCAUUAGAGGCCAUCAAAGGAAACUUAGAUGGCUUCAGUAGAGAUGCCAAGAUGCAUCCAACACCAUCUGCACAGUCUAAAAAAACAGACUCAUCGCCAUCUCAUUCGUCUGUCACCUCUCACUCCCUUUCCCCUGUUUUCCCCGACGACGAUGACGAGUUUAGUGACUUUGUGCAGGGCCCUGUCGAUACCUCUUCCUCAUUCCCCUAUUCUUCCCUCCCUCCAUCCUCUUCUUCGCUGAGAGCCGCUCACACUAGCCAGUCUUUAGUGACGGGGCCCGGCCAGCACCCCCCCUUUUCCCCUAUCCCUCACUCUCUUCCUCCAUCUCUCCCCGUCUCCCCUGCCAUCCAACACUCUAAUGUCAUCUCCAGUUCCCAAACUGCAUUCCAAGGCCCAUCUCUGGAGGAAAAGAUGUUCUCAUCAUGUGAGUUGACAGCUGAUAAGAAGGCCCAUGUUAGUUCUAAGCCAAGGCAUGCUCUAUCUGAGUUGGGUCCCAGAGCUCAGGUCACAACCCAAUUUCACAGCAGCUCCAGAUCCCGAAACUGGGCCCAAACUCAAGAUGACUUCAGUUCUAAUUUCAUCAUAGAGAUGGCAUCUGAGCCUCUUCCCAUGGCUCAAGUGCCACCUGCGAUGGAAACCCCGCCCUUCCAGCCCGCUAGCGCCAGCGGUGUGGGCAUCUACCCUCAACAGGACAUGCAACCCAUGGUGCCAGCCUGGUUGUACAAUGACACCCUUAUCCCAGAGUUGUUCAGGAAGGUCCUUGAGUUCACCAUGACACCAACAGGGAUCGACACAGCCAAACUUUACCCCAUUCUGAUCUCAUCGGGCUUGCCACGGGAAGCCCUCGGCCAGAUCUGGGCCUUGGCCAACCGUACUACACCUGGCAUGCUGACCAAGGAAGAGCUGUACACCGUACUGGCCUUGAUCGGAGUUGCCCAGAAUGGUCUUACAGUCAUGAGUCUGGACAUCUUGAGUCAGUUUCCUUCCCCGCCUGUGCCCAAUCUACCGGCCAUGGCUAUGGCCAUUUCUGCUGUCCUGCCUCAGCACCAGCAGCCCAUCAUGCCUCAGACGCCCGUGUCAAUGGCGAUGCCCACCCCUGCUGCACCUGUCAUGGGCAUGACCCCAAACCCGCCCGCUCAACCACCCGCCAGCUUCAUCACCAACUUCCCUCCAGUUCAGGCUGCCAAGGCUGAUGAUGAUUUUCAGGACUUCCAGGAAGCACCCAAAGCUGGUGCCGGAGAUGACUCAUUUACAGAUUUCCAAGGAGAGACGGGGGGAGUGUUCCCCACUAUAGCGUCAUCAUCCCAGAGCGGUGUUCCUGCCAUGUUGACUCCAGUUUCUGGAUCUUCAUCCUCCUCCUCAGAUAAAUAUGCAGUGUUUAAGCAGCUGUCAGUGGAGCAAUCUGCAGACCCCACACCUCCUAUCUCAGAUUCUGGGGACAAAUACAGUGUUUUCCGAGAGCUUGAGCAGCCUUCAGGCAGAAAACCAGUUGGGGAGGGAUUUGCUGAUUUCAAGUCUGUCAGUGCCAACGAUGGCUUCACAGACUUUAAAACAGCCGACACUGUCUCUUCACUAGAGCCACCAGACCAAGCCAAGUUCCAGGCAAUUUUUGCUCCUCCUUUCACUUCCUCUCAGUCUCUACCGCUGUCCCAAUCUCAGCCAGCCUCUCUGGCUCAACCUAGAAAUCCUCUCAAUAUGGCAGACCUGGACCUCUUCACCACAAUUGCUCCUCUGGCACCCACCUCCACUGCUGACUCCAAAGUCAGCCUGUUCCCCUCGACACCUCCAUCUUUUAUCCUGCCUAAUACAGUCCCCAAACCUCCCACCGUGGGGGCCGAUGACUUUGGUGAUUAUGCUCUUUUUGGCUCCUCAUCUUCAGAAGUUGCGCCCACCACCUCUGCAGUGGGGAGAGGAGCUGGGGCGACCGUUCAGGAUGAAUUCGCUGACUUUAUGGCAUUCGGUAGCUCGAGAGACCAGAGAAACAAGGCCGGCUCUGGAGAGGGUGGCAGUGAGGGCCAAGGUGACGCAUCCCAGCAGCGUCAGCAAGCCAAUGCUGAUAAGUACGAUGUCUUCAAACAGCUUUCCCUGGAAGGUGGCCUGGCCUAUGACGACAGCAAAGAAAGUGGCGGGGGCUCUUUCUCGUCGCUCAAGAGCGACACAGAUGACUUUGCAGAUUUCCAGUCCUCCAAAUUCUGCACUGCGCUGGGGGCGUCUGACAAGAGUCUGGUGGACAAAGUAGCCGCCUUCAAGCAGGCCAAAGAGGACUCUGUCUCUGUGAAAUCCCUCGACCUCCCGUCCAUCGGGGGCAGCAGUGUAGGGAAGGAGGACUCGGAAGAUGCGCUCUCAGUACAGCUGGACAUGAAGCUGUCGGACAUGGGUGGAGAUCUGAAGCAUGUGAUGUCUGAUAGCUCCUUAGAUCUCCCUGGUUUGUCAUCCCAUCAACCCCCUGCUGCAGAGGCUGAAGAUUUAAAAUUUGACCCCUUUGGCACGUCAACUGUUAGCAGUCUGGGAAGCUGUGACUGGUUGGACAAGGAAGAUCUCUCUGGUCAAGGUAAGAGGCUCCAUGGAGGGUCCCUGUGUGGACUUCCAUCUUCAGCCGUGGUACCCAGGAAGGAGACAUCUUUUGGAAGCUCAGAGAACGUCACCCACACCACGGUUGUCAAGGUGACCACCUUCCCAAUCGAAGACAGUGGCACCUCCACCGAGAGCAGGUUUGAAGCCUUUGCUGACUUUAGCUCAGUUGAGCGGUCUGGACAAGACAACGACAAUGACUUUGGCGACUUUGCCACUAUGGUUUCUGAGAAAUCCGACUCCCCUCCUGGUACCACAGAAGCAGGCUCAGAGUGCAACCAGGCUGAAAUGACAGACGAGUUUGGAGCCUUCCAAGGAGACAAGCCCAGAUUUGGCAAGUCUGACUUCCUGAAAGCCAGUGCGCAGCCCAAGGUGAAAUCCAGUGAGGAGAUGAUCAAAAACGAGCUCGCCACCUUUGACUUGUGUGUGCAGGGUUCUCAUAAACGUAGCCACAGUCUGGGAGAGAAAGAAAUCGGCCACUCCAUACCUUCCCCUGCCCCUGAGCAGCCAUUCAGAGACCGUUCCAACACCCUAAAUGAAAAACCAGCACUGCCGAUCAUCCGCGACAAGUACAAGGACCUCACUGGAGAGGUGGAGGAGAGUGAGCGAUAUGCAUACGAAUGGCAGAGAUGUUUGGAGAGCUCUCUGCAGGUGAUCACCACUGCAAAUAACACCCUUAAUGGCAUCAGCAGUUCCUCAGUGUGCACCGAGAUCAUCCAAUCAGCACAAGGGAUGGAGUACCUGCUGGGUGUGGUGGAGGUGUAUCGCGUGACUAAGCGUGUGGAGCUGGGUAUCAAAGCCACUGCUGUUUGCUCCGAAAAACUACAAGAGCUGCUUAAAGACAUCAGCCGCGUGUGGAACAACCUCAUGGGCUUCAUGUCACUUGCCAACCUUACUCCCAACGAGAGCUCCCUGGAAUUCUCCUCUUGCAUACUGAGGCACAGCAUUAAGAAUGCGAAAGAGCUGGCGUGCGGAGUGUGUCUACUCAACGUAGACUCGUGCAGCAAGAAGAAAGACGAAAACACUUUUGGACGGCUGUUUAAAAAAGCACUGACUAAAGACAAUCACUCCAAAUUAAGGGCCUUUAACUCGGAGACAGACAACUUCAAGCUUAUGUAUGGAGGUCACCAGUACCACGCCAGCUGUGCAAAUUUCUGGAUUAACUGCGUAGAACCCAAACCACCGGGCCUCAUUCUGCCUGACUUGCUAUAGAACCCUACUGCUGUGGCGGUUACCAAAGAACCGAGCCCAGUGUGGAACCCUGAGCCACAGUCUGAAGAAUCAUGGAGUCAUUCAGAACUGUCACUAUAACUGUCCCCCCCCCCCCCAGUGUACAGCUCUUUUCACUUGAAUUUGCGAUGCAGCUGUUUAGAUCUGCCAUUUGCUGUAGGAACAUGAGGUAAAUCAUCAGCUACUUUAACUACUAGUUUAUUUAAAUACUGUACAUAAAUGAAAUGACUUUGUACCUUUUUGUCUUUAUUUGAUCUGCCUCUGUCAUUUGGGAUGCACUUAAGUGUCUGGUUGGAUUUUGAUUCUUUGCUGAUUUCUGUACCAUGUGAAGUAAAUACUGCGCAGAUGUUCUGCAUGUGUUACGAAAAACAGAAUUGUAAUAUAAAAUUAGGGAUGCACCGAUCCGAUACCUGGAUCGGUAUUGGUUCUGAUACUGACGUUUUUAAACGUAUCUGGUAUCGGUCCGACAAGCCUGAUCCAAAUCCGAUACUGUGUGUUAGUCAUGUUCGUUACUGUCAAGCUCCAAAAAUGACAUAAAAGAACCAUAAAAACACCAUUAAAGCAGUUCAUAUGACUCGUGCAUUUUAUUCAAAGCCACUCGAAGAUGUGUGAUAGCUAUGUGAAUCGCAAAAGGCUGUGUUUAAUAAGUAAAUAGUAUUUUAUAUUUUAUAUAAAUAUAGUAUGCACACGUAGUGCUAGCACAUUAGUGAGUGGUACUGCUCUGACACACACAUAAGUACACGCAGCCCUGGAUGAUUCACUCGCGGCUAUUUUUAGCCUUCACAGCGGUGUGCAGUAUUUGAGCGCUACUCAUGAACAACAUCUAAGAUGUAGAUGCUCAGUAGUUCGGUUCACUUAUAUUUGUCUUUAUAACGGCACCGGAAGUACAUUUGACCAGAAUUUGAAUAAGAAGCGUAUUAAACUACUGUGAACCUGCCUACAAACAGACACAUACAGGACUUCCUGGAGAGUUUAGAAUGUCAAAAUAAAAGCGCGAGGGUUUAAAAAGUGCACGAUUUAAAUAUAUUACUGUUGUAUUUAAAAUUAAAAGUCAAUAAUAAAAAUAUUAAUAACAAUUGUUAUUAUUAUUGUUGUCAUAAUUAGUAUUUGUUUACAGUUUCUAACAAUAUUUAAGUUGAAUGGGUUCCAAAAAAUAACUGUGUGAAUGAAAAGUGAGCUGAUAUCUUACAACUAAAUUGAACAAAAAUGAGAUCUGAAUCCUUUAAAGUCCAGAUGCAAGUUGAAACAUUUUUGGAAAAAAAGAAGAAGAAAAAAAAAAGGCAAAAAUAAAACACUGGUUUCUUUUCUACUGAAGACUUGAAGACUGGAAUUACUUUUAAUUUUGCUGCUACAUUAUCCAGUAUACUAGUUAACAGUAAAGUUUUUCUUAAUAAGCUAUACAUUUGUAUUGAAGUAAUGUGUAGUUAGAGGUUUGUGUUUCUUUACAUAUUAAAGAGUACUCCCAAUUAGUUCCACACAAAAAUGUAAAGAUAUUCUAAACUGAUUAUGCAAAACAAAAUAACACUGCUAUCGGCUUGGGAUCGGUAUCGGCCGAUACUGAGAUUUCCGAUAUCGGAAUCGGAUCGGAAGAGAAAAAGUUGUAUCGGUGCAUCCCUAUAUAAAAUACACAAAACAAUAAAGGUAGGGCAUCAACAAAACUAGCAGAUAUUAUUAAAAUGCAUAUAGACUUGUUAUUGAAACUUUCCUGUGUAAAAACGGACAAGAUGUGUUGAUGAAAAGCCACUUACAAUGAACAGUCUUUAACUGUCAACGCAUUGUUUCAUUUUACAAAAAAAAAAAAAAAAAAAAAUAAUUUGUUUGUACUUAUCCCAAAACAUUACUUUAAAAAUUAAUAUUUGACAUUUUUUCAAGAAAUAUGAUACAUUUGUAAUAUCCGUAAGAUCAUGUAUUUUUUUAAUACACAUGGAAGAGAGAGAGAGAAAAACAUUUAGAAACUGGUAUGUUUUUCUCCUUUAUUGCUUAUUUGUGUUAUCUUUGUGCUGGGACACACCACUUUAAUUGUGUGUCUGGAAGAAGUCCUUGAAUGUUUGUAUUCUAAGUGAUUUCUGAGAAACUGGAAGCUCUUCUCGGAAGCAGUGGUAUUUACUAUUUGGAAUUAAGUGUGUUGUAAUGCUUCUGAAUGACUGUUGUGUGAUUUAUAUGAAGAUGUAGACCCCCCCCCCACCCCCCCAAUCUCAUUGAGUUAAUUUCUUUUCAAUAUUCAAAGGCUUUAAACUAUGGUAUUACACUUGUACUGAAUAGGCUACAGUUACAGUAUAAAGUACAUGAUAUUGUGUUUUACUGACUAUACUAAUAACUUAACACCAUAAAGAAACGGUUCACCAAAAAAAAAAAAUAAUAAUUACCCUCAUGUCUUUUGAAACCUGUAUGACUUGCUUUUUUCUGUGGAACAUAAAAUUAGUUAUUGAUGGC